AUGGCGUGGGAGGACGGAAGGUUCUCGCGAUUCUUGAAACUUGACCGAGAACAAAGCAAAUACUACAUCUGCGAUGACGAUCUCAGCAAAAUCUUUUGGGCGAAGCAUCUUCGUUUCCCCUUGACGAUCCAUCAGCUGACGUCUGAUCUUCAAAAGCUGUUUUUGUCACGCAUUUCGGAUCAAGAGGAAACCCUUUACGCCAACCUACAGAGGGCCAAAGAUGACACAAAGGAAUAUCUUUUUGAAAUGAUCCGAAGUUUUGCCGGCAAGGAGGAGGAAAUCGAAUCGGACUGGAAACGUGGUCGUACCGGGUCUAGUCGACAGUUCUUGAGCGUUGUCUUAUCUUACCUGCAACACGAUCCAGCCACCGUCUGGAUCGAUGAAACAGGAUCCAUUUCUCCUCACGGUCGGAAAUAUAAAUCUCUUUACCAUAUCUUCACCGUUGAGGAGAAUGGUAUUGAUUUCGACUUCAGCGCAUCUCAAGCCAAACGGUCUCGUCGCUUCGUCAAAUGGGAGGAUAUGGACUUUCUUUCUAAGCUGGGGAUUCACUUUGAUGCCGAACAGCUGAAAGAUAUUCCGCUACCUACUUGGUUUGGAGCUAGUGCGGGAAUUACUGGUCACAUCGAAGCUCUUCUUUCCGAAAUGGUGAUCUCAGCUUCUCCAAAAGCAUCUCAAUCACAUGAGCAAAUAAACCCGGCAAAUGCAGAUAAGGCAGAGGGUUCAUCGACGAUAGAGGAUGUGGAGAGCAGCUUUACAGUUGUAGACGGAUUGAAGGAGCGCAAUGACUGA